CAACGUUUGCCUCAUUUCACGGUCACAGUUGUAACGUGUCACAGCGUCCAUCAUGAGAGUGAGUAAAGGUUUUAUUCUUUAUUGAAGACAGAAUUUAGGAUAAAAGUUGCAACUUUUCUAGUUGGAAACAGUUUUUUUAUUAUUAGCUUAAUUUAAAAGUUAUUUGUUAUAUUUUAGGAAACAUUCUUCGUCAUCCACCAGGUAAAGAGCAGAGAAGCUGUCUUUGUGUUAAACUAUUCAAACUGAAACCUUCUGCACACGGAGCUGAACACUGAAACAUAUUUCUGUGUUUUUGUUUGUGGGAUUUUUAAACUCUUUUAAUGUUCGGAGGUCGUCGUUGCCUCCGGAGCUAAAACACUUUUAACAGACGCUUCGGAUCAGUCAGCAGGCAGUUGAUUUAAGAAGCAUCGUUUAAACAGUUUGAUAUACUGUAUACAAUGAGUCAGAUCUCUGAGCUUUAUUCUGUGUGCGUUCAUGCAGAUGUGGAGUUAAUGUCUGACUCCUCCACGGCCCACAGGAGGUCUUUACUCCACUUUGAACCCAGUGAACUGCUGACUGGUCCCAGAUUACAGCCCGACACAGCGGAGCUUCAUUUACAUCUGUGGGAGCGACAGCGACUGGAGACCAUCCUCAACCUCUGCGCCGAGUACAACAAAGGCGAGACCUCGGGUCUGGACCCGCUGGUCUCGGGGAGGACGGGUUUCCCUGGUGGGGGAUCGGUGGACGGCUCGUGCCGGAGACCGUCCCCGGAGAACGUCCCAGGGGGGACAACGAUGGUGUCGUCCUCCUCGGCGGCCGCUCUGCGCCUCCUGCAGAGGCAGAGGGAGAGCGACGAGGAGAACCUGAAGGAGGAGUGCAGCAGCACGGAGAGCACCCAUCAGGAGGUGAGGACGCCGCCCGCUCUCGGCACGCCGCCGCCGGCAGCGCACAACGGAGACGGACAGCACGAGGACUCGUCGGGUUCGGGCGGCGCCGGUCGGCUGGAGCUGAACUACCUGGAGGACGAGCGGGUUCGAGUCCUCGCUCGGCUCGAUGAGCUCAAAGGCCGGCUGACGGAGCUGGAGCAACAACUGCAGGAGUCCAGACAGGAGGCAGAGAUGGAGCGUGCCUUGCUUCAGGGCGAGAGGCAGGCGGAGCUCGACCAGAUCGAGGCUGAGACGGACAUCAUCACUCAGCUGCAGCACAAGCUGGACGAGCUGGAGAGCGCCAUCCAGAGGGAGAAAGAGCAGGAGAGGUGUAAUGUUGAGGCUGAGCGUCGGGCCCUGCAGAGCCUCCAGGAGGGCUACGCUGAGUUGGAGAACCAGCUCCAUAACUGUCCCGAGUCCCUGCGGGAACAGUUGCAGGAACAGCUCAAAAGGGACGGAGAGGCGUUGGAAACGGGAACCAAGAAGUUUGAGGACUUGGAGUUCCAGCAGCUGGAGAGAGAGAGCAGCCUGGAGGAGGAGAGAGAGACCAUCAGUCAGCAGCUGCUGCAGGAGAGAGCCGAGUACCACGGCAGCGUGGCCACGAGGAAGGAGAAGGUGUCUGCUCUGGAGAACCAGGCCGGCCAGCUCGGCCUGCAGGCGUCUCAGGAGUGCGAGCGGCUCGCCAAAGAUCGGACGCUCGCUCUGCAAAUGCUCCUAAAGGAGAAGGAGAGGCUGUCGGCUCUGGAAAAGAGGUACCACGGCCUGACGGGUGGGAGGAGCUUCCCCAAGUCCUCCACGGCCAUGAGAGAGGACUACGUGACAGUGGGUCAGUUAAAUCACAUGUAUGGGAUGCCGAAGGUGGAGUCGUCUCCUACGUCCCCGCUUCGUCAGCCCCUGCAGUCUGGACCCGUAGACCCCGCCUUCUCCCCUCACGGCUCCUCCCUCGCUCUCUCUCUGGAGUACCAGUCUGAAGGUAGUAGGCCUCACAUCCCCAAGCUAGAUUUAGAGCAGUGGUACCAGGACCUGAUGUCAGACCAGGUCCAGCUCUGUCCCCCCUCUCUGCCGGCCAAGUCGGGCCGCAGACCUGUGCUGCAGGUAGAGGGUUCUUCUUCUUCUUCUUCUUCUUUCCCACUUAUUCUGCUGCUGUUUGUGUGUGUGGGAACUUUCAUCUGGUCCCUCUCCUCCCACACAGACAAACAUGAGAGCAAGCUGAAGGGUGUGAUCUACUUCCAGGCCAUAGAGGAGGUCUACUACGAUCACCUCCGCAGCGCCACAAAGAGCCCGAACCCCUCGCUGACCUUCUGCGUGAAGACCCACGACCGGCUCUACUACAUGGUGGCCCCCGCCGCGGACGCCAUGAGGAUCUGGAUGGACGUGAUCGUCACGGGGGCGGAGGGAUACACACAGUUCAUGAACUGACGGACGCGUUACGCAUCACAUCACAUCAGAGACGCAGGUGAUGAGCAGAUUCGUUUUUUUUGGCAGGGACUGUUUCCUGUUUCCUGUUUCCUGUUCCCGGACACACGGCGCCGUGUUUGUUACUUUUCUUUUUUUAAAUCUCACUUUGAUUUUACUGUGUAGAUGUUUUCACCUCCACAUUUUCUACGUGAUUCAGUUUGGAUUGACAAAGGGAGGAGACACACACACACACACACACACACACCUGUAUAUAAACCAAAAUGUAUACCUGUCAAAGACUUUUAAAAAGCCUUUCUAUAUUGCCAAAUGGAGAUCUGUUUGUUGAACCUUUUGUAUUAUUUCUUUCCUUACUUUCUUGUUUUUUACUGAUAGAGAAAAUUGCCAAAUGACAUAAUGCCAAUGUUCUGUUUGAGUGUCAGAGGGUUCCACAGUUUAGAGAUGUGUUCUAGAUGUGUGUUAAGAGAAGCGACAGAAAGCAGCUCACUGUGUCUGUAACAGUGAAACACAUCAACGUUCACCUCAGUGCUGCUCUUACACCUUCAACACUGAAACUAUUCUCCUGAGCUUCAUCCGGGUCACAUCACAUUCACAUCGUUUACCAAAGUACCCACGAGCGCUCAGGACGUCACUCUGCAGACUCACUGUGGUUCCACCAACACGGGGUUCAAAUACUCCUCUAAACCCAGAAUCAUCAGAUACUUUUGCAUGAAAAUAUAAAUGAACGAUCUUAAUAGUUUUGUGUCUCCAACAUCAGGAAUUAAUGGAGAUGUCGAAGGCUUUAUCCCUUGCGUCCCUCUUCCAGUCUUUGUGCUAAGCUAGGCUAAGCUAGCAAAACAACAGGAUGAUAUCAACACUCGGUUCUUGACUCCCAAAAUCAAAAGCCCAGUUUAUUGGUCUGACCAUAGCGUCCACAUUCUCAGUCCUUGUGGAUAUGUUGAACGCGUGUCACCGUGUCUGUAUGAAGCUCAAGGUUUCAAACCGCGUAUCAACAGGAAGAAAACAAAGCCAAGUAGCCUUUUAGCUAACUUGAAGACGUGACUACAGCCACCGUCACUGCCAGCCUGAAGCAGCCACCACUAGAGGGCGCUGCAGAGACCACACGAGCACAGGAUGGACCAUUCUGUGCUGUGCCUUCACGUGUUGUCUGUGUGAGUCCAGCGCAGCCUCACUGGAAAGGCUUCAAUCCUAUCAAUGCAUUUCACUGAGUUCACCUGAGAACCAGGCGUCCACUGCGGGACGUGAUGAGGCGCUGAGCACAGUGGGGAUCAGCCUGAUCUACCGAGCCGCACUAAAGCUGUGUCAACACAAAAUAACCUGAUUUUGCUGUAAUGUAACGGCAAGAAAGAGAUAAAAAGGAUGCAGAAUUAACAUAAUACAGAUUUGUAGAAAGUCAGAAUUUGUUUGGUUAGUUUUGGCUGCAAGGCGACAAACAGCUUUUAAAAUGUUCUGAGUGGAGUUCGGAUCGAUCGGUGCUAUGCUACGCUAACAUCGUAGCUGCUCCAUCGACACUCAGAAUAGCGUAAAUACGUAAAUUCCCGUCUUUCCUGACGGCUUAGAUGUAAAAAUAAAUGGUGAUACGACGCUAUACUCUUUGGAAAUUUGGUAUAAUAUAUAUAAAUAUUUGAUUGUAGUUUGCCUUAUUACUUAAGUCUGUUUACUAAACUGAAUUUCAUACGUCUCUGAAUCCCCACUGUGAGCCGAGGCCUGAGGAGCGAAGCGGAGGACAAACGACGCUGUGAUGUUCUGAGCAUGUGGAACAGUAAUGGUAGUAAUAAUAAUUCAUGGUUGUGGUGCCUGAGAUAGUGACACGUUUACUUCUUAUAACUAGUGAAGAGCCCUUAAUAUAUUCUGUCCCUCGCCUUCACUCCCCGCAGUUAACGUGUUCAAACCAAACGACUCGGCGAGGCUGUUCAUCACGCUGCUGAUCAGUAGACGUGAUCGAUGUUAAAGAAAGGAAACUACAUAUUCUGUAAAGAGGACGAUGCCUGAAUGAAAAAUGAAUAAUCGUGCUAUUGAAAUGAAACUGUUGUAUUAAAGAGAAGUACAAUUUCUACUUAUUUUUGUCAUUUUAGAAAUUUUAUUGUCAGUCGUUACAUUUGAAAGUGUACGGUAGUGAUGUAUCGAUCUACCUUUGUUUUUAAACUGGUACAGCAGAACACACACACACACACACACACACACACACACACACACACACACACGUGUUUUUAUUUCUAGAAAGUAGAUCCUGUUUCUCACACACACACUCACACAAUACUCGGACCGUACUGUGUUAUUGGUUCCCUGUAUGAAUAAUAUGGAUUUUGUCAAAUCUAUUAAAAGAAAGCAGAACCGUUA